AUGACCAGCUCCAGCUCCACACCGCCGCUCGGACGAACCGACCCGGCGAGGUGGCGACUCAAGGUCUCUGACGGUGGCCGCCACGUCUGGCACUACCUCCGCGACGAUGAGCAGCUCGCCCGCUGGCCCCAGACAGUCGAGGACAAGUACUGGCUCGGCCUCGACGUCGGCCUGCCCGAGUUGCCGCGGCCGACGACGCCCAUCGAGUCGGCCCGCAACGGCCUCUCGUUCUACCGCCACCUCCAGUCUUCGGACGGCCAUUGGGCCGGCGAGUAUGGCGGUCCCAUGUUCCUCCUGCCAGGCCUCAUCAUCGGCAUGUACGUCACCCAGACGACCAUCCCCGAGGAGUGGAAGGUCGAGAUGGCGCGCUACCUCUGGAACCGCGCCGACAAGACCGACGGCGGCUGGGGCAUCCACAUCGAGGGCCACUCGACCGUGUUUGGCACCGCGCUCAACUACACUGUGCUCCGGAUCCUCGGCGUAUCGGCCGAGCACCCGAUGAUGGUCAAGGCGAGGGGCACGCUCCACAAGCUCGGCGGCGCCACGGGCAUCCCCAGCUGGGGCAAGCUCUGGCUGGCGCUGCUCAACUGCUACGAGUGGGAAGGCAUGAACCCCAUUCCGCCCGAGCUCUGGCUCCUGCCCGACUGGAUGCCAAUCCAUCCCUGGCGCUGGUGGAUUCACACCCGCAUGGUCUACAUCCCUAUGGGCUACCUGUUUGGCAAGAAGUUCAAGGCCCCCCUCGACCCGCUCAUCGAGUCACUGCGCCAGGAGCUCUACGUCGAGCCGUACGAGUCGAUCCGCUGGUCGGCGCAGCGCAACAACGUGGCCCAGGUCGACGUCUUCGCCCCGCACACGAUGCUCCUCGACACGCUCAUGGGCGUGCUUUCGGCGUACGAGGGCUGCAACAUCCCGCCCAUCCGUCGCGCCGGUGUCCGACGCGCCUACGAACUGCUAUGCCUCGAGGACGAGAACACGAGCUACCAGUGCCUGGGCCCCGUCAACAAGAUGCUCAACUACGUGUGCCGCUGGAACGAAGAGGGCCAUGAGAGCGAGGCCAUGGCGAGGCACCGCGAGAAGCUCAAAGACUUUGCCUGGAUCGGCGCAGAGGGCAUGAUGAUGACCGGCACCAACGGCAGCCAGCUCUGGGACACUUCCUUCAUCGCGCAGGCCAUGGUCGACUCGGGCUUGGCGGCCGAAGAGGAGAACCACGACAUCUGCCGGCGGCUGCUGCAGUGGCUCGACGACUGCCAGAUCCGCGAGGACCCCAAGCACUUCAAGAGCUGCUACCGCUUCUCGACCAAGGGGGCGUGGCCCUUUUCGACAAAGGAGCAGGGAUACACCGUCAGCGACUGCACGGGCGAGGGGCUCAAGGGCGUCAUUGUGAUGCAGGAGGAGACCGGCUACCUGGCAAAGCAGGUGUCGCAGCGACGGCUGCGCGACGCCGUCGACCUGCUGCUGACGAUGCCCAACCGCGACGGCGGCUUCGCGUCGUACGAGACCAUCAACGGGCCGGCGCUGCUGGAAAAGAUCAACCCGGCCGAGGUGUUUGGCGACAUCAUGAUCGAGUACUCGUACCCGGAGUGCACCACGUCGAGCGUGACGGCGCUGCUCAAGUUCCGCCAAAUUGACGGCGAGUACCGGCGGCAGGACAUUGAUCGCGUCAUUGACGGCGCCAUCCGGUACAUUCUGCGCAAGCAGCGGCCCGACGGGUCGUGGUACGGCAGCUGGGCCAUCUGCUUUACCUACGCCGCCAUGUUUGCGCUCGAGAGCCUGAGCCUGGCGGGCCUGACGUACCAGACGAGCGAAGAGGUGCGCAGGGCAUGCGAGUUCCUCCUCGGCAAGCAGAUGGACGACGGAGGAUGGGGCGAGAGCUACAAGUCGUGCGAGACGGGCGAGUACUGUCAUGCUGCCAAGUCGCAGGUGGUCAACACGGCGUGGGCCAUCAUCGCGCUGCUGCACGCCGGUUACCCGGAGCAGGGGCCGCUGAAGCGGGCGGUCAAGCUGAUCAUGUCGAGGCAGCAGCCGGAUGGCUCCUGGCUGCAGGAGAACAUUGAGGGCGUCUUCAACAAGAACUGCGCCAUCUCGUAUCCCAACUACAAGUUCAGCUUCACCAUCUGGGCGCUCGGCAAGGCGGCGAGGGAGCUCGACUGGAGCGAAAAGUAG